UGGCACUCACGACUGCGUGAUGAUGAUGCAGAGCUUCAAGUUGGUUGCAUGCAGACUCUUGAUUGAACGGCUCAGCGUCACCAUUGACUUGCGGUCACGACUGUGAGUCUCGGACGUGUUACUUCCCAUUCUUCCACGAUUGUCGACUACGGCAGCGGUCAGCUCUUGCUUCCAAUCUUCGAAGCUGGACCUUCGAAUCUUCGUUUGAGACAAGACAGAAGUCCAGCUCGACCAUGUCGUCCUCGCGAGCCAGCGGCUCGAGCCCGACCAGAGCCGGAGCGCAAGCGCAAGCGCAGCCUUCCUUGAUCACCUUCGAAGCUGACGCUCUCGACAAAGAGGAAGAUGGAGACUUUGGAGCGUUUGUCGAUCCUACAGAGGAAGCGAGCUUUUCUCCGUCCAAGGCUCAGCACGCUGUGUGGAGCACAAGUCAGGUUGCGGGAAACGCUGCAGCCAGCUCUUCUCGGACGAGCACCAGUACGAGUCCAAUUCAUCGCGCAAAAGUAGCAUCUGUCCAUCAACCACCAUCAACACCACCAUCAUCAUCAGCAGCAGCAGAGGAGGAGGAAUGGGCCGACGCUUCAUAUGUGGACAAAUUCUCCAGCCCUACGCAGCCUCGUGCGUCUGAUCUGCCAGACUGGGACGAUCCUGGCUGGAGUGCGGCUCACGAAACUCGCAAGGCUGGCCAGAGCUCGAACCAUCAGCCUAGCCCCUCGCGUAAUGCUCACGGUCUAUCGAGCAACUCGGCAGAUGACGAGUUCUUUGCAGCAUUCGAAAGAGCGGCGCUGGAUGCGCAUGCUCAAGCCAGCGCAAGGAUUAGUCCUCCCAUAAUAGAUCUUCGCCCUACGGAGCGCAAGUUGGAAGAAGCUCGCAAGAAACGGGCACCGUCAUCCGCGACGACAAUGACGAACAAUGCAGAGGAGGAUUUCUUCGCCAUGUUUGAAAGAGCGCCGCAAGAGACGUUGAGAAGGAAGAGAGAGACAGGACCUGGGCUCUUGGGUGAUGAUCUAGAAAACAUGCAUGACGCGAGAUCGAGCCCUCUGGAAAUCAGAUCCAGCGCAUCCGGCACCGCUCCGCACGCAAGUAGCAGUCGAGACUACUUUGGUGCUGUGGCCGACUCGAACGGGGGCGAAGGUCAAGCUCGCGGAGGAGGAGCGAGGGGUGAAAAGGAACCUGAUCACACGUCUGAACAGGUAUCUACGCCUUCUUCUUUGGGCUGGACAGGAAGCUUGAGGAAGACGUGGGGCUCGAUCAGAGGCUUCCCAGCAGGACUGGCUGAACAUCUUCCCGCUGCUUCUGACUUCAUCGUCCCCGCCACAGAAGGGUUCUCAGACGACGGUGAUGAGAUUGGCCACGAAGGGCAGGCUAAACCCGCUUGGUCGGCUAAACAACCGCAGCAAGCAAACGCUGGCCGAACUCCGUCCAUGGAUCAAUCGAAGCGAGGGCAUUCACCGCUACCUGCUCAGUGGACUGAUCGAGCGACUUUCAACAGUAGCCCGAGCCAGAGCCGGAAUCACAGCGCUGCUUCGCUGCAAGUCAAUGUGCCGGGUCCUAGCCGCAAGUCUAGCUCUGCGUCUCGCUCAUAUUCCACAUCAUCGACCAGUCUUGCGCCAGCGCCCGCCCCUGCCAUUCCAAUUUCUGGAGCACCGGGUUUUGACGCAAAUUCGACGAAGCGCUGGAACACAGGCUCCUGGUCUCUUUCAGCAGCGGGUGAAGCGGAAAGAAGUCGUCGACCCAUCGAAGUGAAGCUGAAUGGACGGUCAGAUGACAUCGAGGGAGUCAUAACAAAUUGGCACGCCUCGCGAAUCCAGGCUUCUUUGCCUGCCCGAUCGAGGUUGGGAAAGAGCUGGAAACUGCUCUACUCUUUGGAUCAACAUGGUAUCAGUCUUGGGACGCUGUACGGCAAUGUGGAGAAGGGACUGGACCCGAAGAGGAGUAAACCUCUCGGGGGGGAGGACAGGACAGAAGAGCAUGCGGAAGGCUGGAUGAGGGGCGCGAGUGGAGCUGCCAUGGCCGCUGCUACUGGCCAUUCCAUCUCGCCUUCCAAUGCUAGUAGGAAUGGCAAGGUGAAAGCUGUGGGUGCAGGUCUACAGCUUCAAGAUGCUGGAAUCGUUGUGGCGGUUCAGGACGGAGAUGAUAACGUCUUUGGUGCCUAUGUGAACGAGCGACUGAGGCCUCAAGCGGGCUACUAUGGCAGCGGUGAAUGCUUUCUCUGGAGAACGUGUCGAGCACCAACUGACGAGGGUGUGGAUCUGACAGACGGAGCUGCAACAUCCGCCAGCGCUUCGCUCAAGGUGCAAACCUAUCCGUGGUCGGGAGCCAACGAUUACAUGGUGUUGACUCAGCCAGAAUAUUUAUCCUUUGGAGGUGGAGAAGGAAGGUAUGGGCUUUGGAUAGAUGGCAAGUUGGAGAAGGGCAUCAGCUCUAGGUGCCCGGCUUUUGACAACGAUCCGCUUUGCGACGAUGCGCCACCUGCUGCUCCCUCGGCUCGACGGAACAGCACGACCGAACACCGCUUCGAUUGUGUGGGUUUGGAAGUUUGGGCCGUAGGAAUCGAUUAGACUUAUUGCCCGAACGCGCGGAAUGGGAUGAUGGAGCAAAUUCGAGGCUUUCCUUGAUGUAGCCCUACCUCGACCUUGCGCGCCACGUAUUCCUCUUUUAACCAUUCACCUCGCCCCCUUGUGCUGAGUCUUCAUCACACCUCGUACCUUUAUCCGAUCUACACAUCUAGACGCAUGAGCAGUUGAUAGAUUUAACAUCCCACUCGAGGCUAGAAGAGGACAUUCGUGAUGGAAGGCUAC